UGUGCCAGACAGGGACCGCAGCAAGUAAACAAGCCUAUUCGACACAGUGAUAGCGGAAACGAAUUAAGGAUACAGUUGUUUUAUUGAUCGGAGGCUCACGUUAGCUGCCGUACACGACACGGCAGUAAACCCUUGAGAAAACUGGAAUAUUAUUACAGUAUUUGUUUUCGCACGGGAAUAGACUCCUGAUAUGCGCAUUAUGCACUGCAUCACUUUCGAUAAUAUGGACGAUUUUACCCUCAACAUGGAGUACCUCAUAUGGGAUUUAGGUUGGCAUCUAUAGCUACAGUAGGACGUUAUUCCGUUGCAUUGGACUGAAAGCAGCUGUCCUUGAGCUCCAGGAUCAUGGGCCCCAUUAUGCAGGAACGCACUGCCACCACGGCAUUGAAACGCGUUGUUUCCAAAGAGAAGAUACGUACAAAGAAUUCUGAAAAUAACGAACCGAUUACGAGUUCAAAGAAAGCUAACAAGGUGAAGAAGGCAGGAGCUCAGCUCAAGAAUGCCCUUCCAGGUCAGGAUAAGGACACUGUGUCGACAAUCCAGAGGGGCAUUCAUUCAAAGGGAAGCAGAGUCAAAUCUGGCACUACUCGAAACACUAGCAAACUGGCAAGCCCUCAAGAAGGAGGCUUGAAGUCUAAACCACACACACACUCCUCCACACAGAGGCAAGAGAAGCGAGAGGUUCAGCGAACGUCCCCAUGUUGCGGUGAGUUAGAUCAGAACCAUGGGGUACUGGGCCGAAGUCGGAAAGCUCUCUCUCUGCCCCUCUCCCCUAUACCUGGGCUGCGCCAGGGGCCAAUGCGGCUUCACACACACACUCAAGUCCCCACCCUGGAGUCCCUGAGGCAGUUUGAGCAGAAGGAAGUUGACUCGGACAGCGCCAGUGACCUGUCAGACUCAGAGAGACUGCCUGUACUCCCCUCCCCCUGUACCCCCUGCACCCCACCCCAUCUCAACCUCCGCGCUGAAGUGAUCAACUCCAGCGACUUCCCCCCCAGCCUUCCCAGGACCACACGGGGCCACGAACGACAACGACAGCGUCAGCUACAACUACCCUGACUUCCUGCCUCCUCCCUUCAACACCUGGAGCCUACGCCAGCUGGCUGUGUUCCUCCACACGGAGGGCCGAGGCGCACCUCGCCCCAAACCUGUGGGGCCCCUGGAGAAGUACCUGGAGAGGCUGCUGCAGUUGGAGUGGCUCCAGAUCCAGACUGUGCAGGCGGAGGCCUGCCGACCUGCGGGGGGGCCGUCCUAGGGCCCUGGGCUUCCCCUCUGCCACCACCACAAAUGCACCUCGGCCCCACACGGCGCCACCCAGCCGCCUCAGCUCCCCCAAAGGCCUGCGGCAGUGUCAGCGCACCUUCCCGCUUGCCCCUCACAACCCCCCCUCGCUGGCAGCACAGCAGCUCUCCUGCCUCCCAGUCUGCCCCCAUUGUCACAUCCGCUACCCUCUGUGCAACGGGAGCUGCUCCUCCUAUGCCUACCAGCGCCACUCGCGCCUCAGUCCCCUGCUGGAGCGCCGACCCAGGCCCGGGGUUCCCCCGAAGAGGAGCAGCAGUGAGAGCCGGGUCACUUCCUCUGAGAGUAGGGCUACAGGCUGCAGUGGAGGAGGACAGACUCCAGGUAGCCCCUCGGCAGGAAGAAGCCACGUCAGACACAUGCAGGCGGUUGGCAACAUCCGUAAACCCGCCCAGGAGCCAGGCACUAACGGUAAAGGUCAGGCCAGUGUGAAGAAAGGCCGCGCCAGAGCCAAUUCGGAAGCCGAGGUGAGGAAGGAGUCCAGUAUGGCUAAGGUGGGUGUGGAGAAACACACACACUCUGGAAGUAAACGAGAGGCUAACACGAUCAAGAGGGUCGAGAAAGACUGUCAGAGGACAGAAACAGGAAGUCAGGCAUCUAAAAGUGGGGUUAAAAGAACAGUAAAAGAGCCACUCUCUCUCUUCAAGGCACCGUUGUCUGCCAAAGCGAAUGGAAAAGCAAAGAAUGUUCACUUUAUUGCAAAGUAACCACAUUACCUGGCUCAGUACAGGAGCUUAAAGUUAUGCUUGAUAAAGUUCUAUAUAAUAUACAGUGCCUUCAGAAAGUAU